GACGGUUGUAUUUCGUGCGGUGACUUCUUCGGUGAUCAGCAAAAUAUGGAUAAUUCUGCGUACGUGCCAAAUCAUCUACCGCCACCGUCUCUGGUUGUGUUUUCACAGUCUGGGGGGCUACCGGAGGCUUUGAGAAUGCAAAGACCCUUCAAUCCACAAGUGACUGAUUCGAAGGACCUCCAAGUGCCGUUCAGUACCGCAGCUUCUCUUGGCUACGGCCUCCAUCAUAUGCUCCACUUACCGCCGCAAUUUUUGCACCCUUUGGAUCACCGUUUGCCGUUCGGUGGAUUCCGGCCUCUUGGGCCAUCAGCCUUUGCUCCACCGAGCAAGUGCCUGAAAGUGGAAACCGGAAACGGACCUGUAACAAGCUCCGGAUUGCCUAGUAUCGGUUCCCUUUCGAAUAUAUCGAACAUGUUUUCGCCGUCGUCUCUGUGCUCUGCUGGUGUUGGAGGAGGUGCGAGUACCGCGUCAGGACAAGAUAUCGCGCCGCAGAGUCCCGCUGGCUCUACGAGUCGAUCACCCACCGGACCCGGAACCGGAUCGGUUACUAAUCGCGGCACCACUCCCGAAGAAGAGGAUCGUGACACUAAUGCUACACCAGGCUCCGAAAAUACUGAACGCUCCACGCCUGAAGAAGGACGACCUUAUCGACUGGGGCCUGUGUUCGGGGGCCGAUGCGGCGCGGAGGCGCUCGGGCUGGGGUUAGGGUUGUCGCUGGGCCCAGCCUACAGAUUCGCUCUGCCCCCGGGACUCGCUGCCAAGACCACUCGCUGCCUUGUAUUCGACCAAGGUAAAAAGAAAUUUCAAUCGGAUCCAUCCUGCUGUCCAGCUUGUGGGGUCACCGUAAGGCCACAAGAAUUGGAGCAACAUUUUGCUCAGGAACUCGAUCGACUGUACAAGUUAUCCACUGCCACCUCUCGAGCGCGAACAUCAAGGUCGUGUUUGCCUCCUGGACAUCCACCGGACCACCCCCAUGGACCGAUGCUCCAUGCCCCGUCGGCUGUUGACGGAACGCCUCAUGGAAGGUGGGAAACGUACAAGAGGAUCAAAGCAAACAGACAGGCCAGAAUCCGUGUAAAGAAUCGAAAGAGAAAAGCAGAUGAACCAUCAUGCCCUGUUUGUAACGAGAGGUUAUCCGGUACACCAGAGGAAUUGAAUCAACAUGUCGAAAGGUGUUUGAGCAAACACAAUAAUGGCAAUCCUGUUGGGCAGAACAAUGUGGACGAUGAGGAUGUUGAUGUAGAAGGCGAUGCGGAAACAUUCGAAGAAUAUGAAUGGGCAGGACAGAGACGAGUAAGAGCCACUUCGAUGCUUGUUGGAGGAUUUUCUGCUGCAGGUCUAGCAACGUCGUCGAGUAAUCGUUCAUCGACCGGCGGAAAUGGUGGUUCAAAUCAACAAGAUGACGAAGAUGUUGACUUAGUGGUGGACGGCGAUGACGCAGCCGAGUUCGGGCCAGCGCAGUAUUCCGAGGCUGAUGUGAUUGCGCCUCGUAUGGAUGGUACGCCUAGGGAACAAAAAGAAAGAGACGCUCUACGAGAAGCCGUGAUUUCACCCAACGCGUCGAAUUCGAUACACACACCACAGACUCCCGAGCAAGUCAGUCAGGGAAUGGUCGAGGUGAAGCCUGAACCCGGAACGACGACACCUCUCGGUCAGAACGAGCAAGGUGAAGUAAUUCCAUCGUCGCCGAGAAGAGACGGUGACACACCGGUAAUCGAAGCUCUUAGAGGAAGAAUUCGAGAACUCGAAGCGGAAAUGCGCGGUCAAAUGUUCAAGUGUCUCAUCUGUAUGGAACAAUACAAGAAACCUGUAACUUCCAUUUGCUGCUGGCAUGUGCAUUGUGAACAGUGCUGGUUACAUACACUGGGUGCAAAAAAGCUCUGUCCGCAGUGCAACAUGAUAACAUCACCUUCAGAUUUGCGGCGUAUUUACAUGUGAAGAAAGUUUUGUGCCAAA